UAGAAAUGGAUUUUGGAGAGGAAGAGGAGUACACGAUCACAUUGAUGACUCCAAGAGGGUGAAAUGCAUUCCAGAUCCCACCCCCAGCAACCUCAAGAGGACACAAAGCUGAAGAUUGGAGAGGCAAGCAGAUUUGGAAAGGCCAAGUGCAGGUAAUCAGCAAAGGGAAUAAAUGUAUCAUCCAAUUAAUCAAUGAUGAGGAUAAAACCAUAUUUGCAGAAAGUAAAAUUGAUACUUCUUACGACCAGAAGGUUGACAGAUGAUAUGACUCUACAAGAUUCUUCGCAGUUCUCAUUGAAAAUGAACAUGGGCAGAAAGCUAAUAUUGGGCUUGGCUUCACCGAUAGAAACGAUGCUUUUGACUUCAUAUCUUCCCUAGAUGAUUUUACAAAGCAGCAGAGGAUCUCUAAGGGUAUUGACAAGUGAGAAAUCAAUGAACUUGAAAAAGAUUUCUCUCUCAAAAGUGGAGAGAAGAUGAAAAUCGAAAUCAAAGGUCUCACCGACAAAAAGACAGCACCUACAAAGAAGUCAGGAGGCGGUUUAAAGAAGUUAGGGAUGCCUAGAGGCUCUAAGAAAUUGGGAUCUCCACCUUCAGGUACUCCAAGCUCUGCUCCAGAAGAGACUGAAAAAGAUAAUAAAGAGCUUGAAGACAUCUUCUCAAGCCCUGCUCCGGCUGCAUCCGAAGAAUCUGGGGGUGGAUUGUUAGAUUUUUAAAUAAUAAUGACGAGCUCUGACAAGUUGGAGAUCAAUAUUAAAUAA